AUGCCUCCUAAGAAGCAACCCGAAAAAUCCGGUUCCUCCGGGGCCAAACCAGCAGAAAAGAAGCCUGCCACGGCCAAAACACCGGCAGCUGCACCUAAAACCGCUUCCACAGCGAGUGCAGCACCAAAACCUGCGUCAGCCAAGACACCAGCUCCAGCCCCCAAGGCUGCUGCUGCACCGAAAGCUGCUUCGGCUGCCAAACCUGCUCCUGCUAAACCUGCGUCUGCCCCUGCCGCUAAGCCAGCAGCUGCUGCAAAGAGUGCAGAGAAGAAACCAGCUUCAGCUCCUACUGCAAAGCCUGGCUCUGCUAAAGCUGCUGCCUUGAAGGCUAAAUCAAGUGCUAAGCCAUCAGUCAAGAAAGCUGCAUCUGCUUCUAAACCCAAGCCUAAACCUGCUGCUGCCAAGUUGAAGAUUGCACCAAAACCCAAGAAGACUGGAAUCAAAGGACAAAAGAAGCAAGUUGUGAAACCAGUGGCCAAGGCUCUUAAAGCGCAAAGAAAGGUUGUUAAAGGUGAGCAUGGAAAGCGCGUGCGCAAGAUUCGCACAUCUGUGCACUUCCGUCGACCAAAGACCUUUGAACCACCAAGGCAUCCUAAGUAUCCAAGGAAAUCACUUCCCAAGAGGAAUCGUAUGGAUGCUUAUAAUAUCAUAAAGUAUCCAUUGACGUCUGAAGCUGCAAUGAAAAAAAUUGAGGACAACAAUACUCUGGUAUUCAUUGUUCACACCAGCUCUAAUAAGCACCACAUUAAAGCUGCUGUCAAGAAACUUUAUGACAUCAAUGUCGCUAAAGUGAACACCCUAAUCAGGCCUGAUGGCAAGAAGAAGGCGUACGUGCGGCUAGCAAGGGACUAUGACGCGUUAGAUUAUGCUGUUAAAGUCUGUGAAAAGAAGUUUUUGGACAUUGAACUUUCAUACAAGUCUUACACAUUACUGCAGCUUUUAUAG